AUGCAGGACCUUCGUGCAAUUGAUGAGUUUACGUCCAUAUCAAGCUUCAUCCUUCCAUUCUGCUACACCAAGUGGAUCUCAGAUGUGGUUUGGGUCAAGCCACCACACGCUGUUCAAAUUCCCAGUGGAUGCUACAGCAUUCCCCUCGGACACAUAAAGCAAGAUGCCGGUGACACCACUGUUUACAUCGGAAGCCAACUUGAAUACUUUGUCCGCGAGAACCUGUACAGACCACCCGAGGACUUGUUAGAUGUGCGAGUGUGUCGCCUGCACGUAGUUGACAUUACGAUGGUGCUGCGGUCUGGAAGGCCUCUGGAUUGCACGUGCAACAUUGUAGAGCGUCGCCUUCAAAGCAGGCAUCGCCCUCUCCUUGACAUCUGCCUGGAUACCUUCAGCGCAAAUAACCCGUUCAAGGUGAAAGUUGCGUCAGGACUGGGAAGCGCCUGCUACGACAAACUUGCGUCGAGCUACUCCGCAACGCUGAAAGCCGUCGCCAGGCGAUCAUGUGAGCAUGCGAUUUCAUCCUGUUGCUUGGUGUGUCGACAACAAAGGCAGUUGCUCGUCCUCAGACACCUACAGUCACUGUGGACAUGUGACAGCACUCCCGCACUUGAAGCGAACAUGGCAUCAUUAGUGUCCGCAGUCACUGCCACUUCGUCAGGGGCCGAUUUGGAAGAGGAUCGCCACGACACCGCCUGCGCCAUGGAGGAGACCACAAGCAACUUGCGGGAUGUGUGGCGGUUGUGGAUGUCGAGCAAGGCGGCGGUGGCAUCCCAAUCCUUGUCACCGUGGUUCAUGCAUCUUGCUGGACAAAUGCAUGACCUCCCACACUUCUCAGCUCCCACAGAAGAGCGCAAUCGCUGGCUGGCAGCGCUACGUCGACUCUGUGAAUGCAUGCUUGCAUAUGAGACACGUCCAAGCGUAUGUACAAUUGCGUCUUCACAGGAUGAUGGUUACACCAGUCCGGUUAUUGUGGAGGAGACUUUGGCCGAAGUUCUCAAGGUCCUCCAUGAGGUAUUACAUCCCUGCAGACAGGUUGCCGCUGAGGAUGCGGCGCGUAUGACGUUCUCCAAGACGUGA